AUGAGCGCUAGUCGACACUCAAGUGCAGCAGAAAAGACCUCCGCCGGCGACACCCACCCCAUCGGGGCGGUGUCGCCCUCUCGGCAAUCUGCUAUAAUCUCUCAUGGAGAAUUGGUCAAAGAUCCGACAGAAGUAUAUGGGAGAGGUCCAGUUCUCAUUCGCAUAGGGAACGGAGGAGCAGGCGCCACUGGGCUGAUAGGAGCUCUGGCCAAUGACUAUCUCAGUACACUUCCCGAAGAAAGAUCUAUUGUCUGGAUCUGCAACCAUUCUAGGAACAGCCAGCUGGCCCUCCUGCAUGGGUAUGUUGACAUCGCCUUGACGUACGAGCGUGAUCAGGAGGAGCUCGCGAAGGCUGAGGGCUGGUCAGUGACCAAGGGAUGUGCAUUUCACGACCACUUUUGUAUUGCGGGGCCUCUGGAGGAUCCGGCCAAUGUCAGAAAUGCGAUUUCCUUAUCGGAUGGCCUACAACGAGUCGCGAAAUCUAGGAGUCUAUUUCACAGCCGAGCCGACACAUCGGCAACGAUGUGGAAGGAGCGGGGCCUCUGGUCAACAUGCAACUUACUUCCAUGGGAAUAUGGAGGCGGGAUUUCGGAUAGGCAGUGGUAUCAAACCAGCUUGCUCUCACCUUCAGAAGCGUUGAAGAAGGCAGAUGCUGCUGGGGCGUAUCUUCUGACAGACCGGUCGACACUUUUGCGCCAAGUAUCUACAGGUACCAUCUCGAACACGACUGUUUUCUUCGAGCCAACAUCAGAAAACGAUUUUUUAAUGAACAGCUGUUAUGCAGUGUGUUCGCCGACGGCGUCGCGUGAGACUCUUGACUUCCUCGAAUACCUCCUCACGGAUCGGGCUCAGGAUCUCAUCAAAUCAUAUGGUAAAGAUCAAUGCGGGCUGCCAUUAUUCGCUAUGGCGGCGGAUGGCUUCGCGAGGACUUCACUGAAGGGUGGAAGGCCGGUCAAAGGGCAUUGGGUCUUCGAAGAUGUCCGAACUGAUUAA